AUGGGGCAACCAUUAAUGAAAUGGAUAAAGUCUUUAAACAUUACAGGAGUGGCUCUGGACGGCAAUCACGAGAGCCACCGAUUUAAAUCAGGUCUCCUACCCGCUGGGAGCAAGCUUUUGCGUUCCGAGAAUAGGGGAGGUGGUAAGUGGUUCUGUGUCUUUGGUGUGUUUUGGGAUCCCUUGUCCUUUGUAGAAGAGGCGAGGAGGCUUUGGCACCCUUUCGACUCGCUGGCCCACCUGCCAGACUACUUGAUCACCGCCCUUCAUGAGCAGCUUUCCUUGUCGCCAAUGGACUUGACUAAGUUGAGGCUGACACGUUUGAAGCAUUGGCAGGAUCUGGCAAAGUCGCUGCGUCAAAAGGAUGCGACUAUGAAAGAGCAGCUGCAUCCGGACGUGCAAGGCAUACUGAAAGGGAAACAUCUGGCCUUGUUGGCGCAUCUUGUUGACGAGAUCCAAUGGCCGGACGCGCAUUUGUUGCAUGAGCUGUGCCAGGGUUUCCGACUCGUAGGCCCUGCCAAUAAGUCGGGUGUGUUCAGGGCUGGCUUGGUAGUUGCUUCGCAGGAUGAGUGCCAACUCAUGCGCAGGGCGCCAGAGAUUAGGGAAGGCAUUCUGAAGCGGCUGGAGUCAGAACCAAUGGCUGAGUACGCUCAAGAGCUGUGCGACAUCACUCGUGAGGAGGCCGACGAUAAAGGGUGGCUGGAGGGCCCCUUCUCCCCUGAUGAAGUCAGUGAUCGCCUAGGAGAAUGGCUCCCUGUGCGGAGGUUUGCUGUGCGCCAGGGGGCGAAACUGCGCCCCAUCGACGACCUGCGUGAGAAUGAGGUCAACUCCUGCUUCUCGAGUGUUGAGAAGGUCACCUUGUCUGCCAUGGACCAUGUGCUGUGGUCGGCUAACAUCUUGGUUGCAUACUUCCGGGAUAGGGGUGCCUACCGCUUUACUUUGUCCACAGGCCAGGUGCUGUCAGGUAAGGUUCAUCACGCUUGGUCUGACGCCGGGGCCGAGUUGCGCAUGUCGUCUCUUGACCUAAAAUCAGCGUAUAAGCAACUCCCCUUGUCUCCGCUCGAUCACAACAAGUCCGUCGUUUGCCUCCGGAACCCUCGGAGUAUGGCUUUGGAGUGCUACAUCAUGAAGACGCUCCCCUUUGGGGGAGCGGCCAGCGUCCCGUCCUUCUUGCGAUGCAGUUCCCUUAUCCACGCCUUGGGGUGCCGAUUGGGGCUUUGCUGGUCGAACUACUUCGACGACUUCCCGGUGAUAUCGCACUCCCUGUGCGCGUCAUCGACCAUGGCCUGCAUGGUGGGUUUUCUAAAGUUGUUGGGGUUCGAUCACGCUAAGGAAAAACUACUCCCCUUUGAUGUGAAGGCGGAAGUUCUCGGCGUCCAGGUAGACUUGACUGGGGCUCCUAAAGGGGUAAUCCAGGUUAAGAAUAAGGAUAGCCGGGUUGCUGAGUUGUUGCCAGUGCUUGAGGCGGCGUGCCGCGACAAGAAAGUCAUCCCGGCCCACCUGCCAUCUUUCGUCGGCAAACUCCAGUAUGCCGAUGCUCAGAUUUGGGGGAGGGCGGGGCGUUUGGCGUUGCAUGAUGUUAGAGCUUUGGCGCACACUUCCAAAGUACCUGUGAGCCUGGACCCCAGUGGUCUAGCGGCUUUGAACCUUCUGAAGGAACGUUUCAUGCGGGGUAGGCCUCGCACUUUACUUGCCUCCCGAGGGGAACUUCCGUUCCUCAUGUUCACUGAUGGCGCUCUUGAAGAGGGGCAAGCCAAGCUUGGUCUCCCGCCUGCCACCAUAGGAGGCUUGCUCUUGUGGCCCGGGCGUAGUCAGCGGGCUGAGUAUUUUGGAUGUGCUGUUCCUGAGACAGUGCUGGAAAUGUGGCGCGCGGAUGGGAAGUCACAUGUCAUCGGCCUAGUGGAGCUCUAUGCCGUAGUGGUGGGCAUCCGCACCUGGAAGUCGUACUUCGAGGGAAGGAGGUUGCUAACGUUCGUCGACAACUAUGCUGCGCUCGAUGUUGCUAUCAAAGGAUCCGCGUCUGUCAAGCAGUGGCGCGAUUUGCUGUUGCUACUUGAGUGCCCCGAUGAAACGUCCCCCACGCUCAUGUGGCAUGCAAGGGUACCUUCGAAGUCGAACCCGUCGGAUGGGCCCAGCCGGGGUGACACGUCCCUGAUGGAAUCCUUCAACGCCAAGCGUGUCACGCCUGUAUGCCCCGUGACACAGGACGCCGAGUUUCCAGCCAUACUGUGGCUGGGCAACAGCCCGGGCAGCCAGCUUGUGGCGGCAGCCCACACCGAGUUUCAGCAGCCCAGGCCAGCAGCCUGCGGCGGAAUGUGGUUCAUCGUGACGUUGUCAUUGUGCUACCCUUGUGUUGGGCGACACGUUGGCCUGGCGUACGAGACGUCGCCGCGACACAGAUUUGAGGCACUCGUCUUCGCGGAUGACAUUGUCCAAUCCUAA